CAGUGACUCACAAAAUUGGUUGCAUGGCAACGGAACGCCGUUUUAUAAAUCAAAAUAAAUUUGAGGAAGAAGUAGGCUUAGAUUUCGGCGAUAAAUCUUCACAAAACUCUCCAAAAACUUAAAUUUGAUUGAUAAAAUAGUUCAAAAUAUGGCGCUGCCUUUCCUACCUGGUAAUAAUUUCACCGACCCGACGAAAACACGAUUUCAUCGCUCCCAGAGCUUAGGAUGGAAAAAUGGCUACGCUCUUCCCGUUACUCCGAAAACGGCAAUCGGAGGAGAGCCAAUUGUUACUAGCAAGCUAACACGAGAAGAAUUGGAUGAAUUGGCAAACUUUAAACCCUCUUUAACGUACGGUCAAAAAGUUCGAGCGCCUCCAGGGGAAUUUAUACCUGCCCACGUGGGCUUUGACAAGAAAGUACUACUUUUUUUUGGAUAUUUCAAGCAGACAGUUCAUGAAUCUGCUACCGAGUAUUAUAGAGUUCGACCUGUGAGGGUAUAUUACUAUCUCGAAGAUGAUUCAAUUGCUGUUGUUGAACCUGUUGUCGAGAAUAGUGGCAUACCACAGGGAAAGUUGAUCAAACGACAGCGGCUUCCCAAAGACGAUCUAGGAAACUGCUGGAAUUGGAAAGAUUUUAAUCUAGGCAUUAACUUGACUUUCUAUGGAAAAGUAAUACGCAUUUGUAAUUGUGAUGAAUUUACGAAGGAAUUCAUGGCUAGCGAGGGCAUCUUGCUGAAUUCACCUGAAGAAAUUGUUAAAGAUCCUUACACAGAAAAUCGAAAGCAGCCUCCCAGGACGUACAAUACACCUUCAGAUUUUGAUAAAUUAAAUCAAUUCCUUGUGAUGGACCGUAAAGUUCUUCGAUUUUUCUGCGUUUGGGAUGAUCGAGAUUCUAUGUUUGGAGAAAUGCGACCUUAUAUUCUUCAUUAUUAUCUCGUUGAUGAUACCGUGGAAGUUCGUGAAAUCCAUACUGCUAACGACGGAAGAGAUCCAUUUCCAGUUCUUAUUCAAAGACAAAAACUCCCAAAAAACAGGAAGGCGACAAAAUCGUCAUUCCCACGAGCCGUCCUGGAGAUAACAGAAAAUGAAAUAAGCGAUUGGUUUAGACCUUCUGACUUAAUGGUUGGACGAACGGUAACAAUGCUCGGUCGUAGAUUCCUUCUUUAUGAUUGUGAUCAGUUUACUAAAGAAUAUUAUGCUGAAAAAUUCGGAGUCUCUGACUUUACCUCUGUCAACGUUGCUGAGCGGAAAGGGGAAUCUCCGAAACACGUAAUUCCUCCAUAUAAUGGAUUCGGUUCCCUAGAUGAUUCGCUACAAUCAUGUUUAUCUUUAAUUCCACAACCCCCAAAGAAAGAUUUUAUUCGUAUGUUAGAAAAUGGCAAUAAAGUCCUGCGAUAUUCGGCCAUCAUGGAAUCUGUUCGACCAGAGGAUAAAGAUCGUAAAUUUAUAAUCAUCUAUCGUCUCGCAGAUGACAUGAUAACCAUCUAUGAACCGCCUGUACGCAACGCAGGUAUACUUUGCGGUAAGUUUUUACAACGUACCCGUGUACAAAAACCGGGCACCCCCACAGAUAACCCGGAGUUUUACUCGCCGGGAGAUUUUUACAUCGGUGCCAAGAUCCACGUGUUUAAGCACCGUUUCAUCAUCACGGAUGCGGACGAGUACGUUCUGAAGUAUUUGGAAGCAAAUUCUGAUGAAUUUCCUAAGGAAACCAUUCUUUCAUUACGACAAAAACUUGGUAAAUCCUUCAAUAUGUCACAAGAAAAUGAUGAUGGAAACAAUGGAAACCAGGAAAAACCAGAGGGAAUUAAAACAGAGUAUCAAAGGAGGUUUUGAAUUAUUCAUGUUACUUUGAUGCUAAGAAUUCAUAAAUGGCAACACUGUCCCAGGAGAUCAACAGUUAAAUGUUUGGUAUAAUUGUGUUUCAACUACAUCAAUUUGAAUAACAUAAAUACAUAAAUAUAUUGACCUUUCAUUAUUCUUUGACAAAAAAGCAAUUCUUCACGGUGGUCUUAAUUUCAUUGUUGACCUAAGGCCAGAUGUUUUAAUGUUGCAUGAUUUCAGUGAAAUCAUUUCAAGUUAGAAUGACAUCUUCAGGAGGGGGUUGAUUGAAAAUCAAGUUGAAAUGAUAUUUUCUUUUUCUGUAUUCUUCUUCAUGAACUGUGACAGAAUUUCUCUCACUUUCACUUUGCUUGUUUCAAAAACCAAGCUAUCUUUGUCAGCUACAGAAAAUAUCCUACGUCAAACUAGUUUCUUUAACACAAAAACAAGUUUCAUAUUUGUGGAAUUUACUCAAGAAAGAAUGAAAGAUAACUUUUACUUACCAAAAUGAAUUUCAAUUUUUGGUUCAACCUUUUUACUUAUUUCUGACUGAAUGAGGCAUUUUGGAUUAGAGGCUCUUACUGCUUGCGUGUCAACUAUUCGCAGAAAUUCUCUGUAGUUUAAAAAUAAUUGAAAAUGUUAGUACUGAAGCUAUUGACCUAUUGCAUUAUUUGUAUAGUGCAUUAAAAUAUUAUUCAAUGAGAAA